AGAGAGAGAGAGAGAGAGAGGCUUAGACCAUCCGGGAAAUAAGAAAUAAUUGUUCCUCGUAAACUUUUACGCACAAAGGCAUUUUGGACAUCUUUUGUCGGAGCCUCGAGUCACUUUCGUUGAGUCUAUCUGAGUGAACACGUUGCUCAAGCUGCUCCUCUGGAAAACAUACUUUAUCACCCGACCGUUUCUUAUCUGGUGAGAUAAUACAAAAGCUCUUGGAUGAAAUUGUAUUCCUCCUCUGCACACUGCUAUCAACGUUUUAUGUGAUUCGCAUGACUAUUGAUAGAAAUAUAUGCAUACCAGAUAUGGCUCGCCUAUCUAUUGUGCUGUUUGAUUAGGUUCCUGUUAUGAUUUAAUUACAACGUGCAAGAGGAGUGAUCCUCAGGAUAGCUGGGGUCGCUGAUAGUUAGUUAUAUCUACAUGUAAAGAUAUGGGAAACCAUCAGUGUCAUUUUAAUCCAUUACAUAUCAAUCAGAGUGAUACAGAUAAUAUAUGACUCUUGUUGUUGAAUGUUGAUCAAUUUGUUUUCUGUUUUUUCUUUUAUUUCUAAAGCCUAGCUAUUGCGAUUUACACCCGCUUAGUUUAGGCCUAAUUCGUGAAAUUGUACCUAAAUAAUACCAACAUUUAUUUUAAAGGGAAAGGAGCGCAUUUUACAAAAGAUGAAGAUAAUAGAUAUAGACCACAACAGGCUAUGUCCCAGGCUUGAAUUUUAAGCUGCAGCUAGAUUGUGUUUCUUCUGUAAUUAGUGCUAUGGCUUCCAUCUCUCCACUACAGGACACUUUUGUUGAUUGUGGUAUUUCCCUUUCAUACAGGAGCGGAUUUAUUUGCUUAUUAUCCAGCGACUGGAUAACGAAGAAUCGCCCACGACUCGAGGUGCCCUAGGAGCUGCGUGAAAGUGUCUUUACUUGACCCGCUUUGUCCCAGGAGUCAGUACCCAUAUUCUUCCAAAUAGGACGAGUAUACGGUGUAAAAAUGUACCAAAGCCUUGCUUUGUCAUCCAACCAGUCCCCAUACGCACACGAUGCAGGGAACUAUAUUCACCCUUCGGCGAGUUCCCCAGUCUACGUGCCCACUACGAGGGUGCCUGCUAUGCUGCAAACCCUGCCGUACUUGCAGACAUGCGAGUCCGCCCAUCAGUCUCAUGGCCUCGGCGGGCAUCACGGCUGGCCUCAGUCUGGCACAGACAGUUCGUCUUUCAUCCCGGGCAGCCCCCAUCCACCUCCCGGGUUCUCCUACUCUCACAGCCCGCCAGUAAGCAGCAAUACCGGCAGGGACACAGCCUACCAGAACCAGCUAGUGCUUAGUAACGGUGGUCGGGUCGACCACUAUGGCAGCACUUUGGUGCGGUCAGUUGGAGGCUCAUACUCGAGUCCGUACGCGUAUAUGAGCCCCGAGAUGGCGACCUCUUGGACACCUGGGCACUUUGAGAGCGGCAUGAUCAGUCUUCAGGGACGGCAAGGUUGCCUGUCUGGGAGAAGGUCCAGUUUGGGUAUGUAACAGUCUUUGAUAAAUGUGGCUACACAUGUGUUUUUUUUUUGUCUGACAUUUCCUCUGAAACUAAAGGGAAUUUGUAAAAUCAAAUAAUAUACUCCUAUUUAAUAAUGUUCCCCUGAUGUAUUUGUAAUUGGUGAAGGCCACGAAAAGAAUAUAGCACAUAUUGAAUAAAAAUGAACAUAAUUCAAUUUAUAUCGCAGGCCUAGUAACCCUUUAGUGACAUAUAGGCCUACAUAUAUUUUGGGGGCAGACAAAAUAUGUAGACCUAUAUUUUGAUAAAUAUUAAUACGAUUUUAAUAAGAUAAAAAAUUGUGGAUAAUUCACCUUGAAUUUCAUGCAAAAACAUUUUCAUUACAGUUACGUUUUGGUUAGGCCUACUUUUGCUAAUGAGGCUAUUCGUUUGUGUGUCUGUGAAGGGUUACAGAGGCCGUUUGUGUGUCUGUGAAGUGUAACAGAGACCCGUGCGCUGACCUCACAAUUUAUAGCCUUGUUCUUUCUAAAGGUAUUUAUUGAUGCGAUUGAGAAGUCCCAUUGUACGUGGUCAAUUCUACAAUUGAUUGUACUCAGUCACUGUGAUUCAAUCAACCUUUAAAAAAGAACAAUCUUUACCAGCUUUCACAAUACACAUUCUUUAAAAGAGAGGUUACUAAAACCAGUUAAUUGAGGUGCUAAUUUAUCCUCACCAACAGUCCGUUUUCUUUUCUAGUGUUUUGAUGAUCAAUACACACUCACUAGUGGAAACUGUCCAAUUGUCACCUUGAUCAGAUCAGACAGUAAAGGCCUAUUUGGAAAUGGGUCCAAGAUACACGUUUAGUACGCAGCCAACACGUCCUUUGAUGGUCGAAAAUCAGAAUGUUUUGAAGUGGGAUUUUCCCCUGUUGCAUGGAUAUAAGGACGCGAUUCCUUUGUAGGCCAUAGCCCGUUUCCAGUUAAUAACAAUACACACUAUGCGUUUGUUGAUUACUUCGUUUCACAUCAAACAGGAACGGAUUUUCAUUCUGGUGAAAAUAUUUCGUUAUUUUUUGUUUAUUUUGGAUUCAUGGUUCCUGGAUUUGCUGACUUGUUAAACGAAAAGUGGUGUGUGUGUGUGUGUGUGUGUCUGUGCGUGUGUGUCUGUGAACGGUGGGGCUUAGACAUCUACCCCAAGUUUGGUUUACAAGACUAUGUUGUCAAUAGCUUAGUUAUAGCACUUUGAUAUCUCAUGGCACUCUUACACAUGAAGAAACUAAGACAUUUACCAUGAUUAUGAAAAUGUAUGCACUCACUAACUGUAAGUCGCUCUGGAUAAGAGCAUCUGCUAAAUGACUAAAAUGUAAAAUUAUAGCCCAUAAUGAAUAAAAAGGAACAUAAUUGAAUAAUUGAAUGCCAAAUGGCGCAGCGUUCUAAGGCACUGCAUCUCAGUGCUUGAGGCGUCACUACCGACCCCCUGGUUCUAUUCCAGGCUGUAUCACAACCGGCUGUGAUUGGGAGUCCCAUAGGGCGGCGCACAAUUGGCCCAGCGUCGUCUGGGUUUGGCCGGUGUAGGCCGUUAUUGUAAAUAAGAAUUUGUUCUUAAUUGACUUGCCUAGUUAAAUAAAGAUAAAAUUAUUGUUACUAGGUUUUGUUCUUCUUCUAUUGUUAUUAUUGUUAUCAAUACUACUGUUGUUGUUUUUAUCAAUUUAUCCUAUUUCAAUAUGUGGAUAAGGAAUUUGAGUGAUUAAUUGUAGGAGGCCGUCGAGUGUCAGUAGCUUGAAUGAUUUGGGGACCCCUGGAUCCUUAACACUGAUAAGAGCCCCAUUGACAUUCCACCCGUCUGGGCCCUGUGCCCCGCCAGCAAGCCGCCCAAAUAGAUACGUCUAUGACCCUCUCUCCAUAUUGAUACAUUCAGUUUAGAUCUCUGUUCAUCACUAGAGGGCUUUAACCCUCCCGUUGUCCUAGGGUCAAAAUGACCCGCCACUGUGUUGAACCAACUUUAUUUAAUUUUUAUAUUUUUGGGAUCAUUUGUGAGAAGGAGGCAGUGAGACUUUAAAGAAAGUCUCACUGCCUCCUUCUCACAAAUGAUCCAAAAAAUAACAGAGCUGAGAGGGGGAACAUUUAUCAGGCGCUGGCUCUUUAUGUCAACGAUAUUGGUUUACAAACAUCAAACAUGCUGGUGUUAUGUCCACCAAUACAGGUUUACAAACAUCAAACAUGCUGGCGUUUUAUUUCCACCAAUACAGGUUUACAAACAUCAAACAUGCUGGCGUUUUAUUUCCACCAAUACAGGUUUACAAACAUCAAACAUGCUGGUGUUAUUUCCACCAAUACAGGUUUACAAACAUCAAACAUGCUGGCGUUUUAUGUCCACCAAUACAGGUUUACAAACAUCAAACAUGCUGGUGUUAUUUCCACCAAUACAGGUUUACAAACAUCAAACAUGCUGGUGUUAUGUCCACCAAUACAGGUUUACAAACAUCAAACAUGCUGGCGUUUUAUUUCCACCAAUACAGGUUUACAAACAUCAAACAUACUGGUGUUAUGUCCACCAAUACAGGUUUACAAACAUCAAACAUGCUGGCGUUUUAUGUCCACCAAUACAGGUUUACAAACAUCAAACAUGCUGGUGUUAUUUCCACCAAUACAGGUUUACAAACAUCAAACAUGCUGGUGUUAUGUCCACCAAUACAGGUUUACAAACAUCAAACAUGCUGGCGUUUUAUUUCCACCAAUACAGGUUUACAAACAUCAAACAUACUGGUGUUAUGUCCACCAAUACAGGUUUACAAACAUCAAACAUGCUGGCGUUUUAUUUCCUCCAAUACAGGUUUACAAACAUCAAACAUGCUGGCGUUUUAUUUCCACCAAUACAGGUUUACAAACAUCAAACAUGCUGGUGUUAUUUCCACCAAUACAGGUUUACAAACAUCAAACAUGCUGGCGUUUUAUGUCCACCAAUACAGGUUUUCAAACAUCAAACAUGCUGGUGUUAUUUCCACCAAUACAGGUUUACAAACAUCAAACAUGCUGGCGUUUUAUUUCCACCAAUACAGGUUUACAAACAUCAAACAUGCUGGCGUUUUAUGUCCACCAAUACAGGUUUACAAACAUCAAACAUGAUGGUGUGUUCUGUCCACUGAUAUGACUUAACAAACAUCAAAGAUGUCUUAAUUUAUGGCCUUCAUGUCUGGAUUUAUGAUUUAUUUUAUAUGCUUUCAAUGUAUCCAAAAAAAAUACAAAACUGACCAAAGAAGCAACAUUUUUACCCAAUAUCCAAAUAGGCACACACAUAGCACUUGCAAUCACAAUAGGCCUGAAUUGUAUUCCAGAGUCUAUAAACACAUUUUACUAAAAUAUCUUAUAAAUAAGAUGAUGUCCAAAUUGACAGAAUAAUGCAAUUUAACUCAAGGUGAUGAUGUAGCUAGUUUCAGCCGUGUUCAUGUUUUUGCUCUAGCGUCAUCAUGUGGCAAUGGCACAUUGUAUUAAAACCAACCCAAGGCUAGGCUACUGAGAAUAUUAAAACUCUAUUACUUUGGCUGCGUCAUAUUACAGACAUGUCAGAGGAGUUCCCAGGAGAGGGGCGCGAGUGCGUAAACUGCGGCUCCAUCUCCACUCCUCUGUGGCGGCGGGAUGGUACUGGGCACUACCUGUGCAAUGCCUGCGGACUGUACCACAAGAUGAACGGAAUCAACAGACCGCUCAUCAAACCCCAGAAACGCCUGGUAAGCACCAUUGCAUUAUUUGUGUGUUCAUAAAAGUGUAUGGAUGUAACAUAACUUAUAACUAGGUUUCAUCCUAGGUUCCUCCUGCCUUCUAGGGAGUUUUUCCACUGUGCUUCUGCCACUGCAUUGCUUGUUCUUUUGGGGUUUUAGGCUGGGUGUCUGUAUAAGAACUUUGUGACAACUGCUGAUGUAAAAAGGGCUUCAUAAAAUACAUUUGAUUGAUUGAUUGAAUUUGACUUAGAUGCAUCUUAUUGAUUAGGCCUAUUAUUCACUAAUACAGUAUAUUUUACAAUAGUCAAUGUGGAAUUAUUUUGGUCACUAAAUGUAUUGAUUUGGUUUUGAGAAAAAGCUGGCUUAAGCAGAUAGUACUUUCUUCUAGGUCAAACCCCGUUAACACAGGUAUUGGUUGGAAAAAAGUGUGAGGUAGAGGGUCAGUGUGUUCCUUCAGAAGGUUAGUGUAGGAGAGUGAGGGAAAUAACUCUUCACCACGGUCUCUUUCCCAGUCAGGAACCAGAGUUAGGGAAAGAGGCCUUCACCAUGGUCUCUUUCCCAGUCAGGAACCAGAGGGAAAGAACUCUUCACCACGGUCUCUUUCCCAGUCAGGAACCAGAGUGAGGGAAAUAACUCUUCACCACGGUCUCUUUCCCAGUCAGGAACCAGCCUCUCAGAGCGAGCAGCUGCUGUGAGUUACCCUAGCCAGCUCCGCUCCGCUCUGCCUGGCCUGGCCUGUUUUUGUUUUAAUUUGUCCUUCAGUGACCUUGCCCUUGGGUUGUCUGUUUUUAGACAGAUCUGUACGAGGCGAGAGAACAAUGUGACCAAACUACAGUGUGUUUCUGCAGAGAAAUCUCACUUGUGUCCAUUGACAAGCUGACAGAGAGGCGAGGCAGGUUCAGCCAAGAGUGCUUAGUGCUUAGCCCAGCACUAUGUGAAACAUUUCUCAUGUCAAGUCCUUAGCAGUACACUGCAUGUUUGGUCUCAUCGUGGAUACUAUAGGGGGCAUUGUGUGCACACUGCGCACUUCACUUACAGUGAAGAGAUAGUUUACCCAAAUAAAAAAAUCGACCACAUCUUAUAAACACCUAAAAAUAAUAUUAUACGACAGAGUCCAUGGAGUCAGCAAUGCAAGAUUGUUUUUUUGGGCUGAGCUAUCCUUUUAAGGUGCUCGUUCCCUGCACCUGUCAUACAUACAUCCCCCAGGGGCCGACUCGCCAUCUAACCCUAAAUCUACACUUUUCAUCUUCAGCUGGCCUUGUCCUUGGUCCAGUUCUCUCUCAGAAAAAUGUCAGAAUAAUGCUUUGAGUUACGGUGACGGUAUAGUCUGGCUAUUGACACCUUCUCCAUCUACAGCAGACCACAUCUCGCCGGGCCGGCCUGUGCUGCACUAACUGCCACACCAGCACAACCACGCUGUGGCGUCGCAGCGCAGAGGGAGAGCCUGUCUGCAACGCCUGUGGCCUCUACAUGAAACUACAUGGGGUAGGCAACACACACACCAUACAGACACAUAUACACACACAAACAUUUCCCAUGCACCCUACUCUACUCACAUCAUGUAAUGUACACAACGUUUGCGCUGGAGGAAAACCUGUCUAAAAUGCUACUGUAAUAACCAACCCCUAUCAGCCUGGCAGUGCAGUGUGGGUCACGUAAACCAACCCCUAUCAGCCUGGCAGUGCAGUGUGGGUCACGUAAACCAACCCCUAUCAGCCUGGCAGUGCAGUGUGAGCAGCAUAUUAUUUGUGUUAUGUAAAAGCUUAUCACGGUCAUCAUGGUUGUUGUUAUCAAUAGAGAGAGGUGGGAGGAAAGGUCAUUGUGUGUGUUUUCGAGGCAAGUUGGCCUUUGUUACAACUAGGAUCUACAUUAUUGGCCUCUCCUCCUCCUCCUCUCAGAUCCCCAGACCAAUGGCCAUGAAGAAGGAAAGCAUUCAGACAAGGAAACGGAAACCUAAGAUGCCCAAGUCCAAAACCUCAACAGGUAAGAAUGAGGAACGGAAUGAGAGAGAAUGUAUGAAGUUUAGUUAGGUUGAUGAAAGUUUGCAUCUGUGUGUAAGAGAGAGAGGGGAGCGGAAGAACCGACCUGUAUAAAAUCCUAUUGAUAUCGUACGUCGGUCUGGUCCGAUUUGUACCUGUCACUCACCCAUUUGUCUGUUUUCUUCAGGAGGUUCGUCAGCGUCAGGCACCAACUCCCCGUCCUCCGUGUCUGUCUCAGAACAUGCCUCUACUAUAAAGAGUGAACCCAACAUGGCCCCCUCCCCCUACGCCGGACAGACCAUAGCCUCUGUGUCCCAGGUAAGGCCGGACAGACCAUAGCCUCUGUGUCCCAGGUAAGGCCGGACAGACCAUAGCCUCUGUGUCCCAGGUAAGGCCGGACAGACCAUAGCCUCUGUGUCCCAGGUAAGGCCGGACAGACCAUAGCCUCUGUGUCCCAGGUAAGGCCGGACAGACCAUAGCCUCUGUGUCCCAGGUAAGGCCUCUGCGUUCCAGGAUCCUCAUACUGCUACAGUACUAGCCUCAAGGAAGACAGUAUGAUAUGCUUUCAAUGUUCACUGCCCGAAAAUAAGUCCAUAUUUGAUGUUCACUUAAUUCUAUCCCACUUAGAUCCCAGUUCCUAGGCCUUAUUAUCAUUGUGCUCAGUCAUUUACAUAUCUCAUUAUUUCUCCGAAGGCUUCAUCACAUCUGGACAGUGCAGGAUCAGGACAUGUGGACAUCAAGUAUGAGGACUACACCUUCACUCCUACAUCUAUCACCCCACAGAACUCCUGGUGUGCUCUGUCUCAGGCGUGA